AUGCUACAUUCCUUUCCUAAAAUUGUUGGGUUUGUUUGUUUAAAAUUCCAAUACCAAAAUCAAUCCACUCGUCGAGAUUCUGAUUCUAAUUCCAACCGACGUGACUCUAGAUUCCAUCCAGAACCCAGCCCCAAACGAUACAGAAAAUAUGUAAAACAAGACAGAAUGAGAACAAAAUCCAGUUCUAAUGUUGAAAAUCAAGGCCACAGACGUCACAAUCCAGCUGAUCCUACUCAACCUGGUCCAAGUUCCUGGUGA